AUGAGUGGGUUGGAUUUGUGCUACAAGCAAGACAUUCUUAAUAAAGGAACUAUUCUGAUGAAGAAAUGUCCAAUUGGUUAAUAUUGUCACGAAAAGCUUAAUAGAUGCAUGAGUGAUCCUUUUAAAUCAUACUAAGGAAAGUUGCCAGGAGAGUCGUGCAAUUAUAACUAUCAAUGCUUGAGCUAAAAUUGCUAGCCUGAUUUUAAACUUGAUAUCUCUGCUUGCAAUGGAAUAUAGGUUGGAGAGACAUGUAAGUUAAAUUUUGAUUGCGGAGUCGGACUUUUUUGCAACAAAACAUCCAAUAUUUGCCAAUAACUAAAUGGAAUUCAAAUGAAUUGCCAAGAUGACAAGGACUGUGAAAAUAAUGCAGUUUGUUCAAAUAAUAAAUGUGUUGGAAUAAGUACAAUAGACAAUUAUCAGGAGUCAAGUACUGAGCUGGCUUGCAAGAGUGGAUUUUUAUCAAAAGUAAAUGAGAAACAAUCAAUAUGCAUGUCAACUCCUAUUAUUAUAGGCUAAUAGCUUCCUGACUAUAGAUGUAAUACAAUAUAAGAUUCAUGCACUUACUAGUACUAUGAUCAUAAUUUAAAGCCAGCCUAAUUUAAACUAAAAUGCGAGUGUGGAUUAAGUCAAAAUGGCAAUACUUCAUAUUGUCCUAAAAUAUAUCAUGAAGAAUAUACUUAAAUUUUGAAUGAAACAAUCAGCAGACUAGGCAUGAAUUGCCAUACACUCAACAGAUUCAAAAUUUAUGAAUGCCUACAGCAAAAUAUAAGAAAUGAAGAUGACAUGGAACUUUUGAGAAAAUAUACUGUUCUCUAUUUUUAGCGAGAGAUGAAUUCAAAGAUAAGGGACGAAGGUAUAUAAUGUCUGAAGACGCACUCUUUUUUAUCUUAGUACUGGAAUGCAUUAGAACACUUGGAGAUGAAGCAGUUCAAUUAUUCAUCAUAAAAUAGGAGGAAUGUAGCAACUAUAUUGAGGUAACCUUAAUUUGGAAUGCUUAGCUUGUGCUUCAUUUUCAUGAUAUAUUUCUCAUAUUAAUGA